AUGGCCGACGCCUCCAGCGACGAAGACCGCGAACGCCUCAAGGCUGCCCUGUGGUACGCCAUCGGCCAGAUGGUCGAUGAGGAAUCCCUCAAGCGCAACCGCAAUGCCACGCCCCAGUUCAUCGGUGCUCUAACGGAACUUGUCUGGACGCAGAUUGAGAACGUGGGCACCGACUUGGAGAGCUUCAGCAACCACGCAGGGCGCAGCACUGUGACCACCGAUGAUGUGCUGCUACUUGCGCGGAAGAACCCGGAUCUGCAUCAGAUCAUGAAGGAGUUUGUUGACCAGACCAAGGCCGAGAAGGAGGCCGCCAAGACCAAAGGCUCUGCGAGUAAAGGCCGACGAUGA